CUCAUCGGCCACUUUCUCUUUUCUACCCCUCCCCCUCCUCCAUCUGUCCUCCAUCUUUCCUCAACCUCACCUCCCAAUUAACACAAUCAUUCUUCAAAAUGGCCACCAACAUAACCUACCACGCCAGCGCCCUCACCCGCACCGAGCGCAGCUCCCUCCGCUCCCAACGCGGCCUCACAAUCUGGCUGACUGGUCUCUCCGCCUCCGGCAAAUCCACUCUGGCCGUUGAGCUCGAACACCAACUGCUCCGCGACCGGGGCGUUCACGCCUACCGCCUCGACGGCGACAACAUCCGGUUCGGACUCAACAAGGAUCUCGGAUUCAGCGAAGCCGACCGCAACGAGAACAUCCGUCGUAUUGCCGAAGUCGCGAAGCUGUUCGCCGACAGUGCCAGUAUUGCCAUUACGUCGUUUAUCUCCCCCUACCGGAAGGACCGUGACACGGCGAGAGCGUUGCAUGAGGUGCCGACUCCCGGAGAGGAAUCCGGACUGCCGUUUGUCGAGGUUUACGUGGAUGUGCCGGUUGAGGUGGCGGAACAGAGAGAUCCCAAGGGAUUGUACAAGAAGGCUAGGGAGGGUGUGAUUAAGGAGUUUACGGGGAUUAGUGCCCCGUAUGAGGCGCCGGUGAAGCCUGAGGUGCACAUCAAGAACCAUGAGGUGCCGGUGCAGGACGCCGUGAAGCAGAUUAUUGCUUAUUUGGAUGAGCAGGGAUAUUUGCCUCCUAAGCAGGAGUAGAUCUUUGAGUGGGGUUGGGGUUUGAUGAUAGAUAGCAUGGAUUUGAUGUUGUAUAUAUUGGUUGUUGCUAUGAUUUGUUUCAAGAGGUGGAGGAGAUGAGUAACUCUAUGUACGACGCUAGACAGUAGAUAUAUCAACAGAAGAAUUAACCAGCAGAAAACCGCAGGUAAAGUACCGCUAAUUAAACUCGAAUUC